AUGUCACAAGAGGACAUGAGGUUCGAGACGUUGAUGAAAGAGCAGAUGGUGCAGGGAGAAGAUGGACACUUCGUGGCACCGCUGCCGCUGAAAGACCCGGACUCUCAGUUCCCGAACAACCGGAUCAUGGCAGAGCAGCGUCUUGCUUCCCUCAGGAGACGCUUGCUAUCGCAGCCGCGCUUGAAAGAAGAGUAUCAAGCAUACAUGCAGGAUAUGCUCGAUAAAGGCUACGCUGAAGCUGUUCCGGAUGACGAGCGAUGCCGUGACGACGGGAAGGUAUGGUAUGUCACUCACCACGGAGUGUACAGUCAAACCAAACAGAAGCUGCGCGUAGUGUUUGAUUGCAGUGGAGAAUUCCAGGGAUGUUCCCUGAACAACCAGCUCAUGCAAGGGCCCGAUGUGUCCAACAACCUGUGCGGUAUCCUGACUCGGUUUCGAAAGGAGCGCAUCGGUAUCACAUGUGACGUGAAGGGCAUGUUCAACCAAGUCAGGGUAGCCCCCGAAGACAGAGACCUGAUAAGGUUUCUAUGGUGGGAGAACGGCGACAUGCGGCGAGAGCCAUCCGAGUACCGGAUGACGACACAUCUGUUCGGCGCUUCAUCUUCGCCGGCGUGCGCCAUGAGUGCCCUGAACAAGACAGCCGACCAGUACGAAGAAGUGUUUGGAUCUGACGCGGCAGACUUCAUCAGAAGAGAUUUCUAUGUGGAUGAUGGUCUGACGUCGACUACCGAAGAGAAGUCAAGUGUGCAGCUGGUCAAGGACACGAUCAGCAUGUGCUCGAGUGGAGGUUUUGAGCUGCAUAAGUUCACAUCCAACUGUCCCGAGGUGGUGGCAAGUGUUCCCGAGAGCCGGCGUGCAAAGUCCUUGGAGCACGUGGACAUCUCUGAAAGGACUGUCAUUGAACACGCACUCGGCAUGAAAUGGAAUCUUCAAGAAGACUCGUUCCACAUAAAUACGGACAUCUCAGUGAAGCCGACAACCAGGAGAGGAAUCCUCUCCAUGGUCAGCUCCCUGUAUGACCCACUCGGCUGGGUGGCCCCAUUCACACUCCUAGGAAAGAACAUUGUGAAGCAACUGUGCUGUGACGGGCGUGACUGGGAUGAGCCUGUUCCGGACCACGUCGAGCCCCCGUGGGAGGAAUGGAAGACGGACCUGAAGCAGAUCGCAGACAUCUCUAUUCCAAGAAGUUUGUCGGCAGAUCAUUAA